AUGGAUUGCCUUAAAUCUUGCUUGAUGGUAAAGGGUUUCACUCAGUCUGUUGAUACCUUUAUAGAUCCAAGUGUCAAGCUUCUACCAAAUAAAGAGGAGCCAUUUUCAGAUUUUGAAAGGUAUAGAAGAUUGGAUGAAAAACUGAAUUACCUCAUAGUCACUCAACCUGACAUUUCAUUUGUAGUCACUGUGGUAAGUCAAUUUCUUAAUUCUCCAUGUGAAGAACACUGGAAUGCCAUCGUUCGUAUUAUCAAGUAUAUCAAGGUAUCUUCAGGAAAAGGCCUUGAAUAUGAAGAUAAAGGUUAUGUUAAAGUUGUUGGAUACUCUGAUGCUGAUUGGGCCAGUUGUCCUACUGAUAGGAGAUAUAUUACUAGAUACUAUGUUUUCGUUGAAGGCAACUUGGUUUCCUGA